CAUCAUACGAUACCUGUGUCUGCCAUUCCAGGGCUGAUCAGUUUGAAUUGCUUUGAGAAGAAACUUUUGAAAUAAGAUGUCAGAAUGUAACUUCCACGAAACAACUCCAUAACACCGGUGCAAAAUUGUUUUUGCUUUUAUUCUGUAAGAAAUCUCUAAAAUUUAAUGACAUUUCCUGCAGGUUUGGAGGAGGCUGAAAUAUGGGCAGUCUCUCCCCUGAAAACCAGGUGCUGCUUCACCCCCAUUUCUCAUCAGCCCUGUUCUUUUUUCACAAAAGUUUCCUAGCGAUGUGUCGUCAACGUCAAUGAUCCGUGAGAUAAGCAGAAACUGUGAAGUGCAAACGGGCCUGGAAUCCACCAGAGCUUCACACGUUUUCUCCUUUGCUUGAGACUCAAGGACCAAACAGUCAGACAUGUCUUUUCACCUCUGGAAACCGUUAAACAGUCUCCUCACUGCGACAUACAAGUCAAAGUCACAGUCAUCGGGGACAGAGUGCGAAAGGCAGCCAGCAAAGGGAGCAACUCCUGCCUCGGUAUCCUGGACCCCCAGAGCUUAGGCGAGAACGAGCGAGGAAAGCGGAGACUACAAUUCCCAGCAGGCGUAGCGGGAGCGGAGUCACGCACACGCAGCCGAGACCCUAGGAAUGAGGUCCCGCUGCGGGGCUUCUGGGAGAGGAAAAUGGCCGCACCGGGGCUGCGACCUGGCCUGGGCAGGCUUUUUGAGAUGCCGGCGGCGCUGGGGCGCGUGCGCCGAGCUUACAGCACAUCCCAGGCUUUCGCGGAGGUUCUGCGGCUGCCAAAGAAGCAAUUGACAAAACUCGUGUUCCCGCUACAGGAACUCGAGCGGCACCUCGUCCCCGACUCAAAGCGUGAGUUUCACCUGAAGAUCUUCGACCCGAGCCUGGAAGACAUCGCGAGGGCGGAGAGCAUCUUCACGGCCACCGCUCAGAACCGCAUCGAGUACCUGAGCUCCGCCGAGCGCCUGGACCACGCCCCGGCCCUCCCCCGGCCGGAGGUGUGUUUUAUAGGCAGAAGCAAUGUUGGAAAAUCCUCUCUAAUAAAGGCUUUAUUUUCACUGGCCCCAGAUGUUGAAGUCAGAGUCUCCAAAAAACCGGGGCACACAAAGAAAAUGAAUUUUUUCAAAGUUGGAAAAUAUUUUACAUUGGUGGACAUGCCAGGUUAUGGCUAUAGAGCACCUGAAGAUUUUGUUGACAUGGUAGAGACCUAUCUAAAAGAACGAAAGAAUUUGAUGAGAACAUUUUUGUUAGUGGAUAGUGUUGUCGGAAUUCAAAAAACAGACAAUAUUGCUGUAGAAAUGUGUGAAGAAUUUGCAUUACCUUACGUGAUGGUAUUAACAAAAAUUGACAAAUCUUCCAAGGGACAUCUUUUAAAACAAGUGCUUCAGAUCCAGAAAUUUGUUGACACUAAAACACAAGGAUGUUUUCCUCAGUUGUUUCCUGUGAGUGCUGUGACCUAUUCUGGAAUCCAUCUGUUGAGAUGCUUUAUAGCAGAUAUAACAGGAAAUCUUAAGACUCAUGGCUUCCAGUUCAGCUGAAGACAAAAUUCUUUCUGCCAAUGGGAGUUAACACCGAGCGUUUCAACAUUGUUUUAAAUGUUUUGUGUCUGUAACUUGCAGAAGAAUCACGUGAGCUUUAAAACUUGCAUCUUCCAGAAGCAAGAAUGUAUUUAUGCCUGAGGGACAAAAGGUUUAUAAAUGAUUGAAUUAUGCUGUUCCUUAGAACAGAUGCUAAUAGUUUUUCCUGUUUUAACAAAUGACAAACAAGAAUAUGUAGAAGUCUAUAACAUGAAAACCUGUUUAUUACUGUGUAGAGAACAGUUUGCAUGUUACUUACUGGGCUUUUGUCUUUUAACGAAAAUGUCUAUUAUGUAAUUUCUAUAUCUUUUUAAAUAUUAAAAUGGACUAGGUAAA